UUUUUUUUUUGGUUUGUUUUUUAUAUUGGGCGGAGUCCUGCGUAAACCUUGGAGGACAAGGAAAAAUCUCCGGUUUCUUGUCAAAGAAUUCUUUUUUUUUUUUUCAAAAGUAAUUUAAAGGUAUUUUCUCCUCCUUAGUUCCUCAACAGAGCCGGUAGAAAUGGAGGCGCUCGGUCGAAAGAGCGGUUGCUGAGAAACCAAAAGCCAUGUCCUUGUCCAGAUUUGUUCUUUCCGCCUCGAAGAAGUGCUCGAUAGAGGCUUUGAAUCCACUUCGAAGGUUUGGUAGGAGAUUUCAGAGUCGUAGCUACUCGAGAUCAUCAUGGUAUGGCAAUGGAAGGCCAGAUAUUCAUACUCCAGUGCCUGUGAAAACCCAAGGUUCUCAGUCAUGGAGUGCUUUUAUUAUUCCAGCUGCUGGUCUUCUGGGAAUUGCUGGUGGAGCACUAUUUAUACAUUAUAAUGAUGAAAGGAGGGUAGUUUUAAAAGGCCAGGGUAACAACUCUGAGAGAAAUGCUGUCUUGGGGCCUAUAAUUGGUGGUCCAUUUACUCUAAUUGAUGCGAAGCAUCAGCUGGUCACUGAGCAGAACCUUCUAGGGAACUGGGUCCUACUCUACUUUGGUUGUACUUCAUCUCCUGAUGUUGGGCCAGAGCAAGUUCAGAUGAUGGCUAAAGCAAUAGAUUUCUUAGAAUCAAAACAAAAUGUUAGGGUUCUACCAGUAUUUAUCACCAUAGAUCCUCAGCGUGAUUCCCCUUCACAACUUCAAGCUUAUCUUAAAGAAUUUGACUCAAGAAUAGUAGGAUUAACUGGACCUGAUGCUGCCAUUAGACAGAUGGCACAGGAAUACCGAGUGUAUUUUAGGAAGGUUGAAGAGGAUGGGGAUGAUUAUCUUGUUGAAUCUUCUCACAACAUGUAUUUGAUGAACCCAAACAUGGAGGUUGUGAGAUGCUUUGGUGUAGAGUACAAUGCAGAGGAGUUGUCACAAGAAAUACUCAAGGAAGUGAAGAGAAGCAUAACGCAAUAGCUCCACACCAUCCAUCAUCAGCACAAUCGUCAUCUCCUUCAGGGUAAUGGAAACUUCAUACAUGGGCUGUGAUUCUCUAAUUUUGUUUUUCAUGAACAUUGGGGAAAUGUUAAUAAGUGGUUUUAAGCAGUGGCUUUAUUCAAAUUUGAAUUCCACACUUGACCAAGCACUGGUCCGGCACUUUGAUUUGCAUUGAGUUUAGACCCCCUAAUUGAUUGGAAAGAACAUGGCUCCAUCAAAGUGGUGAUAUUGGAAAUCUCAUCUUCAAUUAUUUUUGAAAA